UUACGGCAGCUCCGGUGUUCGCAGAAGCAGCAGCGGCUCCCGGUCGCCGGUAAAAGUCGAACUUUUUCCCGUCUGCGCGAGCGCCUCUCUGACAUGAGAACCGCGUGAAGCUUCGGACCGAGCGCGAGACCUUCAGGACCACCGCCAGCCUCGGAGCAUCCUCAUUGGCUGAGCAGCGGCUGGAGGCGUGGUCAGAGCAACAGUGGGUGGGACUCCAAGAUGCUGCGGCCUGUCGGCUCCGCCCCCUUCAGCUUCAUCUGGCACUGGUGUCUCCUGUGGAUUCUCACGAUUCCUCCAGCAGUUCUCGGGGGCGACCUGACGGAGCCGUGUGGUGGGCGGGACUGUACCACCUGUCAAUGUUUCCCAGCCAAAGGAGCGAGGGGAUCUCCAGGUGCUCUGGGUCCACAGGGUCCUCAGGGGCCCCCAGGCUUCCCGGGCCCUCGGGGGCCUCCAGGAGAGAAGGGCCAUAGAGGAGACGAGGGGCCGACUGGAGCUCCAGGACUGAAAGGUGACAUGGGAAUUGUUGGCAUCGGUGGUUUUCCAGGAUUAGAGGGAGUUCCGGGGCACCCAGGACCUGCUGGAGGUCCCGGUUUUCCAGGUCUGGAUGGAUGUAACGGAACCACAGGGGACCGAGGACAGACUGGACUUCCUGGAGAACAAGGACCCCCUGGAGAACCGGGCUUUCCAGGACUGAAGGGAUUUCCAGGAGAUCCAUCUGUCUACUUUAUACAGUUCCCUGGAGUAACUGGAGACAUCGGGCCCAGUGGACUUCCUGGCCUGCCGGGUGAAUUGGGACCCCCUGGUCCAAAUGGAGCUCCAGGUCCUGUAGGACUGGACGGAACCAAUGGAAUCCCUGGUCAGCCUGGUUCUAGAGGUCCACCUGGAGAAAAAGGUCGAUCUCUGCCUGGACAGAAAGGAGACGAGGGGGAUCAGGGCCUCCAGGGGCCUCCGGGGCCGUUCGAGUACGUCGACCCUCCAGAAGACCUGUACAUCAAAGGAGAACAGGGCCCACGAGGAAUUAAAGGAGCCUGUGGAGUUCAGGGAUUGCCGGGUUUGGAUGCGCUCCCGGGGAUCAAAGGAGAGAAGGGGAUCGUGGGGUUUCCCGGACCCAGGGGGUUCUCUGGGGAACCUGGUCUAACCGGAGAUAAAGGAUUCAAGGGCAUACGAGGAAGUCCAGGACUUCCAGGUCUGAUUGGACAAGAAGGUCCGAAGGGCGUGAUGGGAGAUCCAGGUCCUAAAGGCCUCCCUCAGCAUGCAGACAUCACACACAAAGGAACCCUCGGAGAACCCGGGGCCUCCGGACUGAGCGGCCCUCCAGGGGACAUCGGACCAAUGGGAACACAUGGACCCAAAGGAGUCGUUGGCAGAUCAAUACCUGGACUGCCAGGUGUUCUGGGUGAGACAGGGGUUCGAGGAGACAAAGGAGACAAAGGAGAUCCAGGUCAGAUGUUUCAAGACGAACUCUCACCCGGAGAACCUGGAAAACCAGGACGGCCUGGACUCAGGGGCCUCAAAGGAGAGCCGGGUAUUCCAGGUAGUUACUGUCUUCCUGGAGCCCCGGGACAGACUGGAGAUCCAGGUCUGCCGGGGGCCCCGGGGGUCCAAGGCUUCGCAGGGUUUAAAGGAAGAAGUGGUGACUGUUCUUGUGGCCCUCCAGUUGUUCUGAGGGGCCCUCCAGGCCCAGUGGGUGACUUGGGGUCUCCGGGGUCACCAGGGGUCCCAGGGGCCCCAGGCAUAAGAGGAGAGAAAGGUUUACCUGGAGACAGAGGAGAGAGCGGUGAACAGGGUCCAGCUGGGUUUCCAGGGGUUAAAGGGUUUAAAGGGCAGAAGGGAGAUUUUACUGUGGUGGAUUUUAAAGGUGAGAAGGGAAACAUGGGCCAGCCAGGGUCUGCAGGCAGACAAGGAUUCUCAGGGAGACGAGGACCCGACGGGGAUCCAGGGGCCCCUGGAAACCCCGGCCCCCAGGGUGACACUUUCAGCAGCUCUCCCGGAGAAAGAGGCCUCCCAGGAUUUUCAGGAUCAAAGGGGUUAUUAGGGCCUUCGGGUCCCCCUGGAGCUGGUGUAGUCGGAGCGGUGGGGGAGCGUGGGGCUUCUGGGGAUCCCGGACCUGCAGGAUUCCCAGGACUCCCGGGGCUGAAGGGAGUUAAAGGUGAUACUCUGCCUUGUGCACCCCGAAACCCCGGAGCCCCCGGAGAGAAAGGAGAUGCUGGAACUCCAGGUUACACCGGCUUCCCAGGACCUCCAGGUUUCCCUGGCAUCACGGGACCAGAUGGAGCUAAAGGAGACAAAGGACAGUAUGGAUUUCCUGGACCACCUGGACGUCAAGGACCUCAAGGUUCGGUUGGAGAUACGGGAGAAGAAGGACCUGAAGGCUUCAGUUAUGGUGGAGAAUCAGGUUCUCCAGGGCUCCCAGGAUCUCCUGGACUCAGAGGACCAGCUGGUGAAUCUGAUGUUGGGCCCUCAGGAGCCAUCGGGUUUCCAGGACCACAGGGCUCUCCAGGACCUAAAGGAGUCCCCGGUCCCCCCGGCAAUGAUGGACAAUCAGGUAUCUUGGGUCUGUCUGGGGGCCCCGGAGUGAAGGGCCAGAGAGGAGAUGAUGGGGCCCCAGGUAUACCUGGGCCGCCAGGACCCACACCUGACCAGUGUGAUGUAGGAAAACCUGGUUUAAUGGGUCUCUUAGGCCUUCAAGGACCCAUUGGACUCCCAGGUUUUCCAGGGGAAAAAGGUGAGAUCGGAGUCGAGGGUCCCCCUGGUGUAGGACCUCAAGGCCCUGUUGGUAAACCGGGGUCCUCAGGUUUCCCUGGGUACCCAGGACUUCAGGGCCCCUCCGGCUCCAGUGGAGACUCAGGGCUGCCGGGGCCCAGUGGUCAGAAAGGUCUGAUCGGACCACAGGGCCUCGAUGGAGGACCAGGAGCCCCAGGACUGCCUGGAGAGCCUGGAGCCCCAGGGAGGACCGGGGAGAGAGGACCCAGUGGACUAGAUGGAGCUCCAGGAUGUGAAGGGCCAAAAGGACAGAAAGGCUGUAAAGGGGCCCCGGGGCCUCCAGGACUGAUCAACUACAUCCCCAUCAAAGGGCCAAGGGGCCAACGAGGACCUCCAGGACAUGUCGGGUUCCCUGGACCACGAGGGUGUAAAGGUAUGCAAGGAGCUAGAGGUAAUCCAGGUUUUCCAGGGAUCAACGGUCUUUCAGGCAUUGUAGGACUUCCAGGACCCCCAGGACCACGUGGCAAAUCAGGACCACCUGGACCAUGUGGACGCAAAGGGCCUCCAGGACUCAUUGGCUUCCCCGGACAGACUGGAGAUCCGGGUAACCCGGGAUGUCCAGGGAAAUGUGGGCCACCUGGUCACCCAGGAUGUCCAGGACCCAAAGGUGACAAAGGAGCAUCUACUGGCUGUUCUGGUCCACCUGGAAACAAAGGGCCACCUGGACAUUUUGGGACUCCAGGAAUUCCUGGACCUCGAGGGGAUCCUGGAAUACCUGGUUUCAUUGGAGGUCCAGGACCGAAAGGAUGCAAAGGAGAUCCAGGCCUCCGUGGAGACCUAGGUGCCCCAGGUGUGUUGGGUCCUCCAGGUCCCAGAGGUCGGCCUGGUCUCCCAGGUCUGCCUGGUAAGCCGGGGGCUGAUGGUCCUCCAGGACCGCAGGGCAACCCAGGACUCCAAGGUCCUCCUGGACCACUCGGACUUCAUGGACUGGAUGGCCUGAAAGGGGUAAAGGGGGACAUGGGGACCAGAGGUCUGGGUGUGCCAGGUCCUCCCGGUUGCAAAGGUCUUCCAGGAGAUAAAGGUCCUCCUGGUCCUCCAGGUCCAUGUGGUACUUCUCAGCCUGGACCUCCAGGACCCAAAGGCCCCCAAGGACCUAAAGGACCUCCAGGUGGUUGUGGACCUCCUGGUAAACCUGGACUGAACUGUAAAGCUCCAGUCCCAGGGACCUGUGGAGAUCCUGGUUCUGCAGGCCCAGAUGGAGAAAAAGGGGGUCCUGGUCCUGUAGGGGAUCCGGGUUCAAAUCCUCCAGUUUGUGGGGAUGUUGGAGACAAUGGUGAUUCAGGGUGCCUGGGGCCAAAGGGACCACCAGGGUGUAAAGGGCUUCAAGGACUGCCAGGCAUUCCUGGAAACCCAGGAGUGAAAGGUAAUCCAGGUGAUCCAGGACUGAUGGGAGUUCCUGGUAAUCGUGGUCCUAAAGGUGUUCCCGGUUGCAAAGGGCCUCCAGGACCGAAAGGAACUUGUGGGCCACAAGGUCCAAAAGGGGAAAAGGGACGAGUCUUCCCCUGCCCCACAUACCCUCCUCCGCCACAGGGACCCCCGGGACCACCUGGAUACCCUGGUCGCCUGGGAGACCCCGGCCUACCAGGAGAAAUUGGCCAGAACGGGCCUAAAGGUAAAAAGGGGGGUCCUGGAUCUGUUGGACCCAUAGGCUCAGUGGGGCCCCCAGGUCCAGAUGGAGAGAGAGGAGACCCCGGCCUGCAAGGGGAGAAGGGAAUUGUGGGAGCGAAAGGUGACCGUGGUCCGAUCGGCGACCGUGGUCCUCCUGGACCAUCCAUGAACUUGAACUCGGGCUUCCUGUUGGUGAUGCACAGCCAAUCGAAGAGGGUUCCCAGGUGUCCGGAGAACAUGAGGGUGCUGUGGGAAGGUUACAGUCUUCUGUACCUGGAGGGGCAGGAGAAGGCUCACACUCAGGAUCUUGGUCAGGCAGGCUCGUGUAUGCGUGUCUUCUCCACCAUGCCCUUCUCCUCCUGCAACAUGGGAACCUGCUCGUAUGCCAGUCGCAAUGACAAAUCUUAUUGGCUGUCGACGAUGGCGGCGGUGCCCAGCAUACCCGUGGUUGGGCCAUCCAUCGAAGACCACAUCAGCCGCUGCGUGGUGUGCGAAGCCCCCUCCUCACCCGUUGCACUGCACAGCCAGACCUCCAACCAGCCACAGUGCCCACCCAGCUGGAGGAGCCUGUGGACUGGAUACUCCUUCCUCAUGCACACCGGUGCCGGCGACGAGGGCGGCGGCCAGUCUCUGACGUCAUCAGGCAGCUGUCUGACGGACUUCAGGGCCCAACCCUUCGUGGAGUGUCAGGGGCCGCGAGGAACCUGCCACUACUUCGCCAACAUCUACAGCUUCUGGCUGAAAAGCGUCGGGCCGAGCGCCGCCUCGUCCUCCUCCAGCUCGGCCAGCACAAUGACGGACAGCUCAGAGCAGAGGGAGAACAUCGGGAGGUGCAAUGUCUGCAUGAUGAUGGACGUGAGGGGGUGAGGAGGGAGGCCAUCACCUCGUCCUGCAGCAGGAGAGAGGAGGACCAGCACCUCCUCCUCCCUCACGAGGGUGCAAGGAGACGCUUCGCCUCCUUCUUCACGAGACGCUUUGCCUCCUUUUCCUUUGUGAGGGAGUGAGAAGACACUUUGCCUCCACCAAGGGGUCGGACGGUUUGUCUGAGAGGAGAGACUGUCAUGUUACAGAAUACCGCUGCCAAUCAGUAAGUCCACUGAUGAUCAAUCAGUCCUGAAAAUCAAUCAAUCACAGCAGCCAUUUCAUAAUUCUCCACUGUAAAAAAACAUUCUCAGAAUAAAUCCGCUUUCGACAAUUAUUUUAAACUCCUUCAGGGUUAAAACCAGAUUUCUCAGCAAGUAGCAUAUGUUUAGGUUUAACAUAUGAGGAAUAGUAUGCCAAAACAGUGUAAAUAAAAAUGACUCGUAUUUUGAAACCAAAAAAAAAAGUUUUAAAACAGAAGAAGACAGUUGUGCGACUAAACCUAUAACCACAAUUUGCAUCGUGUUUUGUCUUAAUAAAAAUAUAAGAUCUAGAAUAUAGAUUUUCUUUUUAAAACCAAAAAGAUUUUACCCUUUUUAAUUUAUUUUUCUGGCCCACAUUCAGUGUCAUUGCUAAACACGGUUGGAAGAUAUGUUUAUUAAUUCCAAAACAAAUGUAGCACUUUAAAUCUAACUUGUAAUUUUAAAUAUUUGUAGUUUAUGAAAUCAGCAUUUGUACGAUACAGACUUUAUUUUGGGUUAAUGACCAACCUGUUUCACAUGAAAACAAACUGCAGACAGCAGGAGGCGCUGCUGCACAGAAUAACACAAACUGAAAAUAUAUAGGACCAAGAACUGAACCCUGAGGAACCCCAUUAGUCAUUAUUGACUCUGUAAUGUUAGAAUCAACGAUUUUAGGCAGUUAUAGGUGAUCAAACUGGUGAGAAUGUGAAUUUUUUUAUUUUAUUUGUUAAAAUAAUCCAGAUCAGAUUAUUUUUCUGUUGCAUUUGAGCAAUUUAACUGUUCCCCUGCAGCUCAGAAACUGAUAUUGUUCAUCAGUCUUCCCCAACAGAGGUGCUGUUCUUAACUCAAAAUGUUAUUUUUUGGUAAUUUUAUACAAACUAAAAAACUAAAUAAGGUGAUGUAUUAUUUGUUCAUAACUUGUGAUAUGUGUGGUAUAAUUUGGCAAUUUUGUUACGUUCAUUUUAUUUAUUAUGAUUAUCACCGUUCAUCUCCUAAAUGUCAACUUUAAUUAGCUCCGUGUUCCUCACUUAACAGCUAUACAGUCAUCAAAAUGGAAAUUCCCUGUUUUCACGCUACAUUUUUACAUUUGGUGACUGGCUAACGUGACAUUCUCUCCUCAUCAGAGAACAACGAGGAACCGUUUAGACCGAUAUAGAACCGGAUACGAAGCCUCGGAGCGAUACGUUAUAAAGUCGCCGCCAUCUUACUCAGGGACACAUCGCACCAGUGCUGCUGCUGUCAGAUUCAUCAUUAAUGGAACAAUUAUGACUGUUAUGAAUCAUCAGCUUUACUGAUACAACUUAAAGACUACAGCUGCAUCAUCCAGUUUCAUAAAUAAUAAUAAAACAUGUUCACUAAGUAGCUAGGCUAGGCUAGGCUAAUGGUUACUACACUCAAGACUGUGGUCGCACUUAAAUUUAAAACAUACCAUAACAUAAUAUCAGACGCAGGACUGGACAGGCUACUCAGAAAGAAAGCUAAGCUAGCACCUGCUCUACAUUAAAUGAAGCUUCGCUAGUAAUGCCGCUACUUGUAGCAAUGCUGCUGCCCAAUACUGAAUACAUCUUAUAAAGGACAUUAAGCAGCUAAGCUAACAUUAACUACAGCAGACAAGACAUUGGAAAAGCUACUUGGAAGGUGAGCUAAACUAGCAGUGGCUCUACGUUGAAUGAAACGUUGCAAGAUGUUUGCAAGUAACGCCACUAAAGGUCACUAAAUAACUAAUCUAGGCUAAGGGUUACUGUAGCCGAGACUUUAGUCAUGCUUCAAACUUAACGUGCACUUAAAACACGUAAUGUAACAUCAUAUGCUAAGGUAAGGCAAGUGAGCUAAGCUAGCAGUUGCUCUACACUAAAUGAAAGUUGUGUGAACCCCACCUAUAGCACUUCUUGAUCAAUAAAGAAGGUUUACCACCACGCUACUGAGAAUGUGGUUAAACUAGUAGCGACACUACUGUCCACCAUUGAAUAAGUCAUACAGCUUGUUAAGCUGUAGCUAUGCUAGGCUAACAUUCACUACACCCAAAACUGUAACCACAGUUCAAGCUUAAAACAUAGUGUAAUACAAUAUCAUACGCAAUAUUGGGCAAGCUAGCUAAUUAAGUAGCCAGGCUAGGCUAGGCUAAAGUAAAUUGUAGCCAAGACUUUAGUCAUGCUUCAAACUUCACAUGUACUUAAGCAUAUAACAUAACAUCAUAUGUUAGGGCAAGAAACUUGGAAAGUGUAGUGAGCUAAACUAGCAGUUUUGCUCUACACUAAAUGAAAGUUGUGUGAACCCAACCUGUAGCACUUCUUGACCAAUAAAGGAAAUUUACUAUCAAAAAAUAUUUGAGAAAACAGUAUUGUUACCACCACGCUACUGAGAAUGUGGUUAAAUUAGUAGUGACACUACUGCCCAACAUUGCAUUGGGCAUACAGCUUAUUAAGCUGUAGCUAUGCUAGGCUAACAUUCACUACACCCAAAACUGUAACCACAGUUCAAGCUUAAAACAUUGUAAUUCAAUAUCACACGCAAUAUUGGACAAGCUACUUGGAAAGUGAACUAAACUAGCAGCGGCUAUAUUAAGUGAAACUUCGCAAGAGGUUUGCAAGUAACGCCGCUACUCCCCCACACAGAAUACAGCUUAUAAAGCUCAUUAAGUAGCUAGGCUAGGCUAGGCUAAAGUUAACUGUAGCCAAGACUUAAGUCAUGCCUCAAACUUAACACGCACUUGAAUUAAAACAUGUAACGGAAUAUCAUAUGUUAAGGUAAGGAACUUGGAAAGUGUAGUGAGCUAAGCUAGCAGUUGCUCUACAUUAAAUGAAACUUAGCAAGAGGUGUGCAAGUAACACCACCACUUGUAGCAACGCAACUGCCUGGCACAGAACACAGCUUAUAAAGCUCAUUUAGUAGCCAGGCUAGGCUAGGCUAAGGUUAAUUGUAGCCAAGACUUUAGUCAUGCUUAAAACUUAACACACACUUAAAACAUGUAACGUAACAUCAUAUGUUAAGGUAAGACAACAAACUUGGAAAGUGUAGUGAGCUAAGCUAGCAGUUGCUCUGUGCAAAUUGAAAGCUGUGUGAGCCCUGUAUUGAUCAAUAAAGGAGGUUUAAAAACAGUUUGAGAAAACAGCGCUGUUACCACAACGCUACUCAGAAUGUGGUUAAAUUAGUAGCGAUCCUCCUGCCCAACAUUGAAUAGGUUAUACGCUUAUUAAGCUGUAGCUAAGCUAGGCUAACAUUUACUACUCCUGAGACUUUAGGCACUUGAACUCUACCUUAAACUAAGUUCUAUAAAAUAACGUGAAUGGAUUUUGAGAAUUUUAUGUUGUUUUUCACACCUGAGAAAGUCUUUAGUUUUAUUUUAAAAAUCAUUUUACCUGUAAAACCUUUUUAGGGAUUAGUAUUUCAAAUUUUUAUGUGAAUGAUCUUAAGAAACAUUUUUGACAUUUCUUUUUUUCCACCAAAAAAUGUUCAAAGAUUUCCCAAAAAAUGUUGAAAAUGUGGACAUCAGAAGUUUCACUGUCAAAAUAUAUUUGAAGGAAGAGAAUUCCAAUAGUUCCUUAGAAGUUUCCCUUGAACAAUUUAUUUUAAAAAAAUCCCCCAAAUUUGGCAAGAAAAUUCUUGUAAAUAUUUUCAAAAAAUGAGUAAAAAUCUUCCAAACAAAAUCCUAAAAAUAUCUAAAGUGAUUCUUGGUAGCUUCCUGUAGCUUCAGCGGCCAUUCUGAUGUCCAGUCCUUGGUAAGAUGGCGGUGAUACGAUGACGUAUACUAGAGUAGUUCUGAUAUUUCCAUGUAAGCCUCGCCUCCAGACCCACCCAGACCCAGCCAGAGUUGCACUGAGAAUAAUUCUGAUUAGUCAGCAGGAAGUCAUUCUGAUUGGUCAGCUGCGAUGCCGUGACUGCGUGUCAUUGGUUGGUCAGUAUUUUGCUAACGUGGCAAAGUAUCGUGUGAGAAGCUGUGAAUAUAUUCGAGGUUAGACCUUGAAAAAAAACGUGUUUUUGUUCCAGUUUUCUUUCAGAUCAGACGUGUUCGGAGCUCCUCCCUCAGCUUGUGUUUGUUUAUUUUCUAUUAUUCAUGUUUCAACACAGAAACGAUUCAGCUCAAGGUUCAUUUAGGGUGAAAUAGACGAGUCGAGCAUCUAAUGGGGUGAGCUGCAACACAGGACCAGAACCAGACCAAACCAGGACCAGGACUCCUUCAGAUCCAGGAGCUGAUGUUGCUUUUUAUGUUCCACAUCCAUUUCAUGACUCAGUUUACUCGGUUUUCACUGUUUCUUUGUGUUCUCGAUAAAGUCGACUUGAAAGUUCAUCUGUUGAUAGUUACGUAGUUGCUACGGCUGAACAUUUUACUUUAAUUUAGAACAAAUAUUCAGUGGAGUUUUUUAUUUCUGGUUCAGUUUCUCGUCCCGGUUCUUGUUUUGGUCCUGGUUCUGGUUCGCUAUUAUUUCUCUGUGAUUUGUAAAUAUGUUCGAUGGUUUUAUAUUUUUACUGUAAAUGUCAUCAGAGUAUUUAUUUAGCCUGAAAUUAAUGUUGGUGCUAUUUGAUGUUUAAUUUGUUUGUUUUUUUAAAUUUCAUUUUGAUAAAAGAUGGCGCAGCGAGCCCCUCCCGCAUCCUCCAUCAAAAUACACUCAUGUAAAUUCAUCAAACUAUAAUGUAGAAACUCACCAGAACAAAAUAUCCUCAUGUCGAUCGAUCGUAAACUCAUAAAAGAUCGUUUCAGACAUAGAUGACUUUCUUUCUCACAUGUUUAGAUAUUUUUUAACAAGGUUUUGAAACACUGCCUCACUAUAUGCAGCCCCAAACAAAGAUUAAACUACAACUCCCAUGAUGCUUCAGUAGGAGGAGGAGGAGGGCGGGGCCACGGUGCUGUCCUCAGUUUUUAUUGUAUUUAAAUCUGUCGGUGAUAUUUUAAUCUCUGUAGGAGGAAACUUCUCACUAACACUUGUGAAACAUUUUACUCUGUGAAUGGACGACACUUCAAUAAAUCGCAUCAAACUUUUA